AAACUGAAUGCUGAAAUAGUAGCAGUUUUAAAUGGAUUAUUAAUUCCAAUGAACGUUGGCUCCUAUUGGUCGCAACUCUCGAGAGAAAGCGAGUCAUGAGUGUGAAAUGGUUUUGGAGGAUUCUCAGGAGUUCGGAAAUUGAGAAACCCGACCCCCGCUCGUCACAAUUUGCAUUUUGCACUUGUUAGGCAUGUUUGAUUUCCUACUUUCCAUCGACCAUGAAUUAAAUUGAAUUGAAGUGAAGUGAAGUAGUUGGUCCUCCAGCUUCUUCAUCGCAAAUUCCUGAAAUCAGAAUCGGGAACGCCGAUCGAUUGCUCCCCCCCCCCCCAAACAAUUGAAUUAUAAUCAGCAGAUUCAUGGAGCUCAUGGUUGACAUUGUUUCGGCAGCUCCAUGGGUUCCUGAAGAUGACCUGCGCUUGAAGAACGCUGUCGAGGCGGGCGCUUCUUUGGAAUCACUUGCCAAAGGAGCGGUUCAGUUCUCGCGGAAAUAUACGCUUAGGGAGUUGCGGGAUCGAUGGCAGUCUCUCCUUUAUGAUCCUGAUAUUUCAGCUAAAUCUUCUGCUUCUAUGGUUAAUUUAGAGCAUCCUCCGCUGACUAUGCCUUUCAAAUCCAGCGGGAAUGGAACUAAAGAAAGCUUGGCUGAUAGUUCCGCCAAAAGAAAAGCUCAAAGCAUUCGCAAGCAGUAUUAUGCCAUUCGCAAAAGAGUCUGCAUGGAGAUGAUGGACUCUUUUGAUAAGGCUUUGCGUCAUGAAGUGAAUGUUGUUGAGAACACUGGAGAUGGUGUUUGUGAAAAGGAUAUAAUGGUGUAUGAUGAGUCUCUUGCAGGGUACUGUAGGAAGGGCGAUAAGGUUGAAAAGGAUAUUGGAUUUCAGGAACCAGGUACUAUGUCAGGUAAAAAAGACAAUGGAGCCUCUUUGCUACAGGAAAAUGUAAAGAAGGACAUGAAUAACUUACUUGUGGAUAAUUUAGUUGAUUAUAGGAAUUGCUCAGGGCUAGAGGAAGUAGGUUCCGCUCAUUCACUGCCUGAGCCACUUUGGAAAACAAUGGAGGAUAUCACAGCACCUACUAUGCCUGUCCAUGUGAGCGUAGAAAAUAAAGAUCAACGUGUGGAAGAGCAGUCAGCGCUUCCUAAUCAGUUGAAAGGGAAACAUGUCAGUGAUGUGUCAGAUGUUGCCAAUGCUAUCUCCAAAGAAGAAAUAGCAAACCUUUCGGAUUCUCUCUUAAACUUCACUAAUGACGAUGAGCUGUUAUUUAUGGAUAUAGAUGGGAAAGACGCACCUGAAAAGUCUUGUUAUGACAACCUUGAUUCGCUUCUGUUGACUUCUCCUAGUGAAAUCCAGAGCAGCGAUGCACCUGAUUUCCAUGAAUCUCAUAAGUCAAAUAAAGAAACGCAACUUAUUCCUCGUGAUUCAUCUACUAACACGUUAGAGGUUGUAGCCAACCCAUCAGACUGCGGUCAUGGUGAUCGGGACUCUACUUCUAAUCCUGGUAAUGAUAUGCAAUCAUUUGUUGCACAGCAAAGUCUUCAUUGUGCUGGCCUUGGUGAUGAAUUUAUUCAUUGUGUGUUGAACACGGAGGACUCUGAAAUUCCAUCCAAUGAUGAUUUUGGCUCACCUCUCGUAGUUCCUUCUAAAACUCAACCAACUCAUAAGGAGGGUGGUUUUCCAGUUCCCUCUUCUAGUAAUCAACGAAAUAUAGAAGCAGAGAUAAAGUUGAAGAAAGAAGGCAAUCCUUCACACUCGUUCACAACUUCACAGAUAGUUAGACCUGCUUUGGUGGCUAACAUAAAGCCAAACCAACAGCCUGUUGGUGUUGCUAUGAAGACAGAGUAUCUUGGCAGAAACCAAUUUUCUGCAGUCUCAAGACAGGGUCAAACGGCCAGCGUCAAUCCAAGUCCAAGCAGAUUAGUUAAUGUAGCCAUCAAGUCUGCUGCAGAUGGGCGUCUGAAAGAAGAGGAAAUUGAUGCUCCAGCUUCAACUAAUGUUGCUGCUCAUUCAAAAGCUGAUAAACAUAAUGGUUUUCCUAAAACAGAAGGAAACCUUUUAGGUUUAGCUCAGGAAGAAGUAGAGGAAGACAAUGACAACGAUAACAAUAAUGACAUUCCUUACUUCUCUGAUAUUGAGACGAUGAUUCUGGAAAUGGAUUUAUGUCCAACUGAUCAAGAUUCAAGCGCAAGUAGAGAAGCUUCUAGGUAUCAAAUCGAAUAUUCCAAGAGGACCAUCAUGAGACUGGAACAAUGUGCUCAAUCCCAUGUGCAUAGAGCUAUUGCCUCACGGGGUGCACUUGCUAUGUUAUAUGGGCGCAACCUGAAGCAAUAUAUUAAGAAAAGCCAGGUUAUACUUGGCAGAGCAACAGAUGAUAUAAAAGUUGAUAUUGACUUGGGAAGAGAAGGGCGGGCUAACAAAAUAUCUAGACGACAAGCUCUAAUAAGUAUGGAAGCAAACGGUUCUUUUAUUAUAAAAAAUCUUGGCAAGAGUUCAAUCUUCGUGAAUGGCAAGGAAAUUGUCACUGGGCAGAUGCGGGGUCUUAGUUCUGGUAGUCUGAUUGAGAUUAGAGAUAUGUCAUUCAUCUUCGAGAUCUACAACAAAUCCGUGAGACGGUUUUUGGACAAUGUGGAUAAGAAAAGCGACGAUACAAGCAACAAAUUUAGUUUGUUACCUGAGGGAGGUCAGGAGAAAGAGAAAUGGCAUCGGAAGGACCGCUCUUAAGUCUUACGGGUAGCAUCCUCGUGCCAGCCAAAGAGAGACGAGGCGACACAUUGUUAGUAUUUUAUAAAAUGAUCUGCCCGUUGCAUUUCAGAACGCUGUAUAUAUAGAUAGAAGACAUAAGCUACAUGGAUAUGCAUCCCUCUGUCGUAGAAUGACCAUAGCUUGUCUUACUUGCUUUCCAAUUUUUUUUUUUUUUUUGCCCGGGUGAUAGACGUGGUUUUCGUGGGCACAUCAUCCUUAACUAGAGUAGAAUAAUCACGGGGGAAAUUACAUAACUAAAUAAACGAUGAUUAUUAUGGUC